UAAAAAGACCAUCCGACUCAAAUUCACCCCACUAAUUCGGUAUACCGCCCUCAAUAAAUGUUACCGUGUCCAUGUAGACAAAAAUUGCAGUUCGAUUGUACAUGAAAAGUACAUACGAUAGACCAUGCGGUGUAUUGUACACAAUCCCACAUACACAGUGUGAGUAACGGAAUAUUCUGGCAUGGAAUGUCACACACAAUAACAAAAGCUUUGGUCGAUGUGUUUGUGUACACACGAGUACAAGUGGUAAAGCACUACACAUAAAGCCCGUGUAUGGCGCCAACGCGUGUGCUGUGGUGGAUGGUACAUGUAUAACGUUUGCUCCUGUUGCCGCCGCGAACACUCAGUCACAAACCAGCGUCCAAAUUUGGGGGAAGUCCGUGAUUAUGAAAAACGCCGCACCUCCAUUGUUGAAAUAAGGGAUCACAGAUGACCAUCCAGUGUGUACACACUACACCGUGCUUCAGACAAAACCCUCUCCAUUCAGAAUUUUCCCGCUGGUGCUGAGGAACGAUAGAGAACUGUGCCUGGUAACCAUCAAUUGACUGGCGACCAGUCAUUGCCGCCAAGACCCCCAUGGAUGUUAUCAAUCUGUCGCUGUCCGAUGGAUCAACAUUGUUGGAUUGAUUAGAAGAUGGCUACCCCACGGAGGGGUUUAACAUUCACUGGACCACAACCAGAUCAUGUUAUACAGUCUCAAAUCAGACAGCUUGCAGAUGAGCAGGAGAGGGUGCAAAAGAAGACUUUUACUAACUGGGUGAAUUCCUAUCUGCGUUCAUCCAAGCGUGUUCCACCACUACAGGUUGUUGACCUCUGUCAGGACCUCAAGAAUGGCAUUGCCUUGCUGGCAUUGCUGGAAGUCUUGUCUGGAGAAUCACUGCCUUGUGAGAGAGGAAGGAAUCUUAAGAGAGUGCACUUCCUGAGCAAUAUCAACACAUGUCUACGAUUCUUGGAAGGAAAAAAGAUCAAGUUAGUUAACAUCAAUGCAUCAGAUAUUGUUGAUGGCAAACCACCAAUUGUUCUGGGUCUUGUGUGGACAAUCAUCCUCUACUACCAGAUCAGACAUGCAAUGCUGAUUGAGCAGAAUGCCGGAGCGUUGGAGAGACUAUGCGAGUCUGGUAUGUCCAGCAGUACAGGGAGUAUGGAGAGUGUCGGUAGUGAUGUAUCGCCAGCUCCAUCUGCCUUCUCCCCCAGUAAGCCGCAACCUCCUAAAGCAAGUAGUCAUCUGGAACCUCCACCAGCUAAGAAAGUUGCCACGGCUGUCUCAAAGUUGAAGGGGAAGUUGACGGCUAAGAAAGCUCUGUUGGGAUGGGCACAGAAAGCUGCCAAAGCCUCUGGCUCAGGCAUCGAUCUGCAAGUGAAAGACUUUGGCCCCAGCUGGCGGGACGGUCAAGCAUUCAAUAUGUUGAUUUAUAACAUACAGAACGAUCUGAUCGAUCUCACAAUGCUUCCUAAACGAACCAAUUCAGAGAAUCUGGACAAUGCCUUCAAUGUGGCUGAGAAGGAACUGGGUAUCCCAAGACUCCUGGAUCCACAAGAUGUGGAUGUGGAGAAGCCGGAUGAGAAAUCUAUCAUGACUUACGUCUCCCAAUUCUUUAAAGUUUACCAAGAAACAGGGUCAAAGGUUGAUAAAGACCAAGAGCAGGAGAAGAAGAUUUGUCAUGACAUUGAUGAUUGGCUGGUGAAGGGAGAAGCUAUAAUCACUGCAUCUAGGCAGAAAGAAAGAAACAAAGAGGAACAAUACCUGCAAUUCACAGAGUUCCAGUCUGAACACAAAAAGCGCCAGAAACUGAUGACAGUGAUCAUGGAGAAGAAAAAGAAGAAGGUGCUACUUACGCUGUCGGAGGAACAAUAUGAGGUCACCGAAUUAAGAUGGAGUAAACUGGUCUCCAAGGAGGCGGAGUGGAGGAAGUCUGUGGAGGUGGGGCUUGCUGGUGGGCUCGGCCAAUGCGGGGAGUGGCUUAACAAAGCUGAAGCCCUGUUGGGUGAUGAUUUGAGACCGUUACAGUCACAGGAGGAGACACAUAGCACUAUGAAGAGGAAAUUACUCACUCACAAGGAGCAUUUCCGGAAGGCCACCCAGGUGCAUAAGUCCUUCCUUGAACUAAGCCACACAGAGCUUGCAAAGGGCAUCCCGCCAGAAAUCCUGCAGAGUAUGAAGGAGAGAUUCGACAGGGUCUUAGUUGCGUCUCAGAACCGAGGGACUAAACUAGAGUACCUGGAGAUCAAGUACAGACUGUUGGCGUUUAUCGUCAUGGCCGAGAAGAAGCUCCAGUCGUGGACGGUGAAAUACGGCAACCAGGAGAGUGUGGAGUUGCUGCUCGCUAAUUACAAGAUUUUUAUAAUCGAUGAUCAGUUCUUUGAGCAGUAUGAAGAGACGUUGAAGCAGGUGGAGUUAACUACUGAGGCGUAUCAUAAGAGCAUAACCAAUGAGAAAGAGCGAGAUACUAUGCGACGCUUCCUUCAUGACAUGAAACAGAAGCGUCGCAAUCUUACCGUUGAGGUAACAAGCAUCAGCACUAUGCUAGAGAGCGUGAUAGAACACUGGAAAUGCUACACUCAAAAUGUCAGGCUGUUCCAACCAUGGCUUGAAGAAGCAGAGAAGGUGUUACACAGAGGAGACCAGGCUGCUAAGAUGGAUUACUUCAGUGGUUUAUCUCAGUGGCUGGACCGACACACUGCGAUGAAUGAAGGCGGUAACUUCCUGAUUGAGACGUGUCAGGAGAGCGUCUCUCACAGCAUCCAGCAGCAACUGCUCCUCAUUAAUAGAAGAUGGAAAGAAACAUUUGAACAUGCUAAGGUCUACAUGAAAUCCAACGAGACUGAGAAGCACCACAAUGAGUUUACAUCCAGAGUAGCUUCCCUUAAUGCAUGGCUGGACAAGGCAGAGGCUUGUGUGUUACAACCUGUAGGGUGUAGCUAUGAUGCCAUGAGGGAUCACGUUCAACAUCUGGAUGAAUUCCGAAGCCAAGUACCAGGCCAUGAGUUCAACUUCAAGCACCUCUCUCAGCUCGCGCAAUCAUUAGUCAAGACGCGCUCAAAAGAUGAGACUGCUGCCAUGGUCAACAUUCUCCGGACGGUCAAGGAUCGUCUGACCCUAGUCAGGGACUCCAUCCCCACCCGGGCCAAGGCCAUGAAUGAGAUGGUACAAGCCUUGAGACGAUAUGAGGAUGGGCUGGAGGAGCUGGAGGGAUGGAUUGAGACGUCGGAGAGGAUGCUGAAGUCUUAUGAAGAGGAGAAGAUGCUAGCCGCUGCAGAGCCUGUGGAGAUGGAGAACCGUCUCAAGAAACAUAAGACCCAUUUUUCCAAAGUGCCCCACUAUGCACAGCAGCUGGAGGAGAAUACUAGCAUUGUCAGGUUCAUCAUCACUCUAAACAAUGAGAAGUAUACAGAGACUUCUGCACUGGAGACUACAACAGCAAACAUCCAGCUACGCUAUAGGACUACGGUCAGUUUAGCUUGUGACUGGGAGGAGAGACUCUCUGGACAGAGGAAUGAAUGGCAGGGCUUUGAGCAGAGGGAAGCCGAGCUUGAUGAUUGGCUACAACAGGCCAACAAACAGCUGCAAGAACACAAAGGGCCAAUCAGCAAACAGUUGGAGAGCCACAAGGUGUGGUUUGAGUCUGGGCAGCCCGAUGCUCUGACUAGAUUCCUAUCAACGACUCAAGAUCUGCUUCAUUCACUACCACCAGAAGAGAGACAACUGCUGGAGAAAAGAGUGAGAACACUGCAGGAUAAAUACCAGGCUGUGAUGCAGGUUGUUCCUCUGAAGUCUGCCCAGCUACAAUUCCAUCAAGCCAAGGCCAAUCUGGACCAGAUACUCAAGGAUGUUGAGAUUGAGCUAGCAGAUGAACACCAAGCUCUGAAAGAUGGCACGCCGUGUCAAGAUGUCAUGGGCAAACAUCAGAACUUCUUCCCCAAGCAGCAACCAUUAGAGUCAAGUUCCAAAUGCCUCCAAGCUAUGGAGGACAUUAAGAAGCAGCUGAUGAGCCUUGACCCUAAGUAUGACCCUUCACCUUUGACCCACACAAUUCAACAGGGUCAGGAGAGACACACAAAGCUCCGUCAGCAGGUGCUGGAGUUAUCCAAAAUACUUCAGGAUUUGCCCGAGAAAUGGAAAGAAUUCAAUGACAGAUUUGAAGCUUUGCGCCAGUGGGUGUCUGACAUCCAUGAGGUCAUGAUGUCAAUCCGUACCACCAAGAAUCAUGAGGACUUUAAGAAACUCUGUGCACAGUUUGAGUUCCUGUCUGACAUGGCCGACGAUACCCACGAUGAGUUCGCAAGGCUCAACACAACACUGAAAUCCCUCUCCGCGGACUGCCCUCCGCAACAAAAGCUGACAACAGAGCGUCAGCUGGCCGGCCUUCUCCGCAACCACAAGUCUAUCCUGGAGACCCUGCUUCAGUUCCCUGUGGAGAAGGUUGCUCUGACGAUGAUGUUCUCUUAUACGGAGAGGGUGGGGGAGAUGAUGCAGUGGGUGAAGGAGAUGAGAGAGAAGAUGAGAGAGCCGGUGGAGUGGAGGAAUCUAGAGUCUGUCAGGACUAGCCUCAACCAACAAUUGGCAAGAGAUUUGAAAAUGCAGCAACGGGAUGUUGAGGUGCACGAGUUGAUUCACAACUGUCGUGAGUUGCAGCAGCAGCAGCAGCAGCAGCAGCAGCAGUCUCAGGCACACCAGCCACCAAUCACCAUGUCCGAUGUCAUGGGCCAUGAAGCUACUGAGCUGGAUAGGUCAUGGAAAGAUGUCAAGAGUAAAAGUUCACAUAGAGUCUACGACCUCAAGGAGUAUCUGAAGUGGUUGGAGACCUAUGAGAAUGACAAAGGAAAAGUAGAGACAUUCCUGAGGAAGGCUGAUGCUGAGCUUCUCGAAUCAUCACCUCUGACUGGUCUGACGCCAAUACAGAAGAAACUUACUGCGCUUAAGGCUUUACAUGAGGAGCAGACCAAACUGAAACCACUGCUUGCUGCUCUAAAAAAUCUGACCAGCCAAAUGCAGAACGCUUCGACCGACGAUGCCACCAAGACAAACCUCCAAGAUGAUCUCUUCAGGCUGGAGGCAAGAAACGCCUCGAUCCGAGAUGAGAUUGCCAAGAAGCUGGAGCAUCUAAGAGGAUUGGAGGACGGAUGGAAGAAGUACGAGACGGAGGAGAGGAAGAUGACUGAGUGGCUGGAGGCGACUGGCUCCAGUCUAGAUGAGAUUGAGAAGAUUACAGGGCUACCUGAGAAAUCAUUGAGACAAGCCGAGGUAUUAUUCACUGAGAUUAUUGAAAAGCAACAUGAUCUAGACUCCCUUGAGAGCUCCUUGAAGGAUCUCACUAAGAACCAACCACGUCCGGAAACCGAAGCAUUGAUGGCGCAGAACCUUAGCCUCCACAACCAGUGGGAAACACUUUGCUCCCGGGCCAAGCUACAGAGCGCUAAGCUGAGUCAGGAUGCAACACAAUGGCAGCUUUAUCAGCAACAGGUUGAGCAGUUGAAGCCCUGGUUGAAACAGACUGAAGAGCGGCUGGAGGGGAAGACUAGUCAUAUGGAGUGUAGCUCCAUGGAAGAUGUCGAGGAACUUCUUGAAGAGCUGCAGGCAACGUCUAGAGAUGUUGAGGAGCAUCAACCACUGCUGACCAACAUUCAACAAAUGUCCACUCAAGUGACCCCUCAGCAGUCCGUCCAACCAGAGGUCAGUGGCCUGACCGACCGUUUGGCAACCCUUCAAGAUAAACUGAGCAUUUUGAAGGAUGAUCUGAGGGAGAAAGAGGCAGUAUGGAAGGAGUAUGAGGAGUUGAAGAUGAGGUUGUUUAAGAUGUUGGAAGAUCAGGAAGCAAUGCAAGGAGUUCACUGUCAGGAGUAUUCAGGGAACUCGGCCACACUGGAGAAACAACUGGAUGCCUUGAAGAACCUGUCCGCAGAACGUCAUUCAGCUCAGCCCGACAUAGACAGAUUCCACACUUUAAACAAAUCACUGCAGCAACGCCACUGCACCCAUCCAAUUAGUGUGUCCAAGCUGCAGAAUGAUAACCACAACGUCGACACGAGGCUCUCCUCGGUCACCAAGACCCUUGACGAUGGGGUUCAGACGGUUGAGGAGAUCCUCGAGGCGAGGAAAGCGUUUGUCGGUGAGGCUGAGAGCUUGACGGUUAAGCUACAGGAGCAUGAGAAACAGCUCUUGGAUUGGUUGGAAGUUUACGAUGAUGAGGUGAAAGGAGAACUUGUUAAAGCUAAGGCCAAACAAGCUGGAAUUACAGAGCAAGCAACAAGGGUAGACAACCUGACCAAAGACGUCCAAUCCGUCUGCAGUAAGUGUGACGCAGCCCAGGAGCUCUCCAUCUCACGCAAGGUGACCGGAGUCUGCAUGCUUCAAGAAUCAAUCCAAGAGGGCGCUGCCGCUCAGACUGGAGUCUUGCAACUCUUCCUUGAAUUCGUUGAGACCCGCCAGACGGUUAUGCAAACCUUAACGGAGGUAGAGGAUGGAUUGAAUCACGGGGAUCUGUCAAGAAGUCAAGUCUCUGAGCUAUCUGAAAAACUAUCGAUAUUGGAGUCAGUUUUCAUACAGUGUCUUGAGAGGAUGCAAGAGCUGAACAAUCAAGCCCAGAGGGCCAAGGUGGUUCUUAAGAUCUGUGGAGCCAAGAAUGAGCCACCGAAGCUUCCCCAAACAGAGUUGAGCAGCUUGAAGACUCGACAUGAUUACCUGACACUGCAGCUCUCUUCACAGCUGGACAGGCUCUCUGAAACGGCGAGAUUGACGGAAGAGUUUUGGGCAAAGCGGAAACGCCUGUCAGGAUUGCUGGACAGCGUUGGUUCAGAUCUUGAGGCGAAGAAAGCAAAGAAAGCUAUCGCUACUCAGGAUGAUUUGCAGGACUGUCUGAAAGACUGUCAGAAAUGUCAAGCACAUCUUCUCGAGAGAAAGCCUGAGAUUGCUUAUCUCAAGAACCUUGGAGAGCGCCUCCUGAGGUUGGAUCCCAAGGAGCAAGCCACCAUCCAAGACUCGCUGGAGUCUCUCGACCACCAUGCUAAAGACACCCAAGAGACGGUUGAUGACACCGUAAAGAAACUUGAAUCAGCUGCUGAUCUUUGGUCAGAGCUGGACAGGUGCAGAACACCUUUUGCUGAUGGAAUUGGGAAGGUUGCUAUGGUAACUGAGCAGCCAAUCAAAUGCAGUAGUAAGGAAGAGGUGGAGGAGUUGCUGCAACAUCACCAGGUUGCAAGUGACGAUUUAUCAUCACUGCAAGAACAAGCACAGCACCUCACAUCACUUGCCGAUGACAUCACAUCACUCCUAAAUGCUCUUCCAUCAAACUCUGCUGACCCCGGAUCAACGCCUCCCGCACUCCAGGAACCUCACUCCAUCCCAGGCAGUCUUACAUCCACAGAGGAGGUCUUGGAGGAGAGGAAGAUGAAGCUAAGGAGACAGCUAGACUUAUGGGAUGCUGUGAAGUUCCAGGAGGAGGCCUUAGCGUCUUGGCUAGGGGCAGAGGUGAUGGAUUUGGAGCAGGUACCAUCUCAGAUGGAGGAUGAAGGCAAGACUAAGGCGAGGUUGGAUCAGUUCAAGACCGAUAUGUCCAGUCGUGAACCAGAGCUGACCCUUCUGGCAACCACUGUGGAAGAGCUGCGAUCUAUGAACCCCGGCGCUGCUUUACCAGUAGUUGAAGAAGCUGUCCAGAGAGUUGAAGCCAACAUCGUCCAGGCCAAACAGCUUGCUUUGAACGCUGAGAGCAGCUUGGGCGAGUUCACCCUUCAGCGGGAUGAUCUCCGAUCCAGACUCCAAGACAUGAUGUCUAGAUUGAAGGAGCUCGAUGACCGCCUGACAAGAUGCUCAGAUCUUAGCCUCCCGGAGGAAGGCAUCGUGGAUGAAAUCCAUGAAUGUCAGGCUACGUCCAGUGCCUUAGACGACACCAGACCAGACGUCAACUCCUUAGCAGCAGACCUAGAUGUACUACUAAAGAAGUUCCCAUCCUCCAAUGCAGCUCAGCUGAAAUUAGAUAUGGAACUUUUACAUAAGACGAUUGAUGAGGUCCAGCAUAGAGAUCACCAGAUCGCCGAGGCAUUGACCGAUACCCUGAUGAGUCUGUGUCAAGGUUCUCUCAGUGAGUUGAAGAAGGAGAUGCAAUCCACUGAGGAGGAGUUGAAGACAGUCUGCCAUACCCAAGGUGAACCAGAGGCUCUGGAGAAGAGACUUAACCAGGUCAAGGAUCUUAAGAGCAACCUACUGCCGCAGCAUGUUUCUGGACUCUCAGCUGUCAACGACAAGCUAGAGAAGCUCCUCUCUUUCCUCCCCGUCGACCAUCAGUCAGCCCUAAGUCAAAAUGCUCAGUCCAACGGAGACCAACUCACUAAGCUACUCAAGGCUUCUGAAGAGUCUGAGAAGGCCCUGGAGUCAUGUCUGCUUGACUGCCGAGACUUUGAGGAGACUGUUCAGGAGCUGUCGGAGGAAGUUCAAGAUGUGGAUAGAAUCCUGGCGACUGCUCAGCAGCCAAGCUCUAGCUUAGAGGAGAGGAGAGUCCAGCUGAAGAAGUUACAGGAUUUGUCCGAGCGGUUAGAGUUUGAGAGACCCACUCUGACCACAGUAGAUCAUAAGGCAGACAGAGUUCAUACAAGGUGUGGAACUGAGAAGCCAAUAAGUCAAGCCUCUGACCUAAGACGUGAUUAUGAUCUCCUACAAGCAAGAGUCAAGGAGGCAAUGUUGCAGUGUGAGCAAGGAAUCAUUUGUCAUGAAGAGUUCCUGAGGACAACAGAUGAAGCAGAGACAUUCUUACACCAGGCUGAGGAGUCCUUAGCAACUUGUGCUGACCCCUCAGGUGACCGGGAUUUGUGUCUUGGCAAACUACAAACAUCAGAGAAUUUACUGUCCAAGCAGGACGACAUCCAGUCUCAUCUAGAUUUAGCUGCCCAGUCCCAGGACAAUCUGUCCCUUCAGACGACCCCUGAGGGCCAGUCCACUAUGGAGUCUGUCAUCCAGAAACUCCAAGGCCAGUGGAAUCAGGUCAUAGCCGGUUUGAACCAGUGCAAAGCGGUUCUGGAAGAUCGGGUGCAGAAGUGGAAGGAGUUUGAGGUGGAUAUGUGUGAUCUGGAUCAUUGGUUGCUGGAGGCUGAAGGUUCGAUCAGUAAGGCUGCGGAGUUAAGAGAAGACCUACCUGAGAAAGCUUCACUUCUAGAGGAAGUCAAGACUCUGAGGGCUGAGAUUCAACAGAAGGCUGAGCGAGUUGAGAAGUUUCAGCAGAUGGCCGAAUCUCUUGUGGCAGACAACUCACCAGAAGUGACUGAGCAAGUUGAGAGUCAGGCUGAGACCAGACAACAACACUAUCAAGGUCUAUUGGAUAGAAUCAAAACUCUUGAGGUACAACAUGAGUCUGCAGUGGUUGCUCAUGGAUCAUGGCAGGAGGCAGCAGAAGACAUGUCUGGUAUCAUCAACGCAGUAGAGGAAUGUCUGAAUCAGACGAUAGUCACACCAUCUGAUGUUCAAGAAUUACAAACUAAGAUGCAAUGUCUACAGGACUUACAGUCCAAAUGCCCAGAGGGCCAGUCCAAACUGAGUCAGCUCAACGACUGCACUGAAGAUACACUAGCCUCCACCGCAGACACUGGACAUGCCAAACUCAACCGCCAGGCCUCAGAUCUCAAUGACAGAUGGGAGAGUGUUCUCGCCAGAGUGGCUGAAUCAGAGGCUAAACUGGCGAGGAGUCUAAGUAAGAGGCAAGAUCAUGACGGGAAGCGAGAUGAGUUUGAGGCGUGGCUGGCCAAGAAAGAGGCAGAGCUUGAGGAAGCUUCAGAGAUGCAGCCAGAUGAAGCCGCAAAAGAGAACGCCUGUCACAAAUGCAAGACUCUGACGCAGGAUGUAGAUGCACAUGAGCCUGGGUUGGUUGAUAUAUCAAACAGUGCUGAGCAGUUACUGGAUACGAGCAUUGAAGGCCUGUCAAUCAGGUACUACGCCUUGAAGAAGAACGCAAAGGAAUCCUCUGAGCGAGCAGAUAGAGCGCUGACUGAUCACAGACUGUACAACCAGAGUGUAGACGAUGUACAAUCCUGGUUAGCUGAGGCAGAGACAGUACUUGAUUCUAACAAGGUUGUGCCGUCACGGAAGGAGCAACUCCAGAAGCAGCUAGACAACUUAAAGAAUCUUGAACAAAGCAGCGAAGCCGGCUGUCAGAAACUUCAAGAUUCUACAACCAUGGCAGAAAAUGUCCUAACACUGACCUCUCCACCAGGUCAAGAGGUCAUCAAAAGGUCAAUCUCAAGCCAACAAAAUGAUCAGACCUUACUCAAUCAGCAAACCAACCAGGCAAAGAGCCAAUUGGAGGCAGUGUUACAGAAGUGGGAGGAGCAUGAUGAGGGAUGUAAGAAGUUAUCCGAUUGGCUGACAGAGGCCGAGUCGAUGAUUGUUAACUUGGAGAAACCUUGCAUGUCUUUAGAAGAGAAGAAGACUCAGCUUGAGAAACUCAAGUCUCUUGAGCAUGAUGUACAUUCCCAUGAGGCACCCGUUGAAGCAUUAACUCCAAAAGUUCAGCAACUCACAGAGGUUGGUGUGACGGAUCCUAACAUCCAAGGCCAAGCCAUGGAGAUCACUGAUGAGUAUCGGGACCUAUGCAGCAGAAUCAAGGUGCUGUUACAGCAGAGGGAGGAACAGGUGUCUGAUCAUCAGAAAUUAACCAAUCAGCUUCAAGACUUGUCUGAUUGGCUGAAAGCCAAACAGCAUGAGCUCGACCAACGCUCCCGAUUGGCUCCUGAUAAGCAAACCAACGAGGCUAGAGUGAGCCAGAUUCAGGAUUUCCUUGCCUCGAUCCCCGAUGGCGAAUCCCAGCUCCAUUCCUCCAUGGAUCAGGGUGGUAUCGUCUGUCCGAACACCGCCCCAACCGGCUGCGAUCGCAUCAAUCAACAACUCCAAACAGCGUCAGACAAACUCAAGUCGCUCAUCCAGCAAGCCGAGCGCUCUCAGAGGAAACUCGGUGAGGGUGUGGACCUACAGCAGAGUUACGAUGAGAGUUAUCAGGAAUUGAGAGACUGGAUGACGGAGACGGACAAAGUACUCCAGGGGGAUGAGGAUCUUGGCGAGGGACAACUAGAAGCGAAGCAGGCCUACUUGCUAAAGAUCAAGGCUCUUUGUGAUGAAAGCCAGGAAAUCCAGCCAAUCAGAGCCAAGGUUACAUCACUUGGGCAACAACUAGUAGCCAGUAACCCUGCUGCAGUGCACAUCGGUAGUGAAACAACAAGACUCACUGCUUGGUACCAGACCCUGCAUAUGAAUCUCAAGGAUCGGGUUCGUCAAGCAGAGAGAGCAGUCACUGAGCAGCAGAACUUCCAGACAGCAGUGGAGGAAUUCUACAAGUGGUUGAAGGCAGCUAGAGAAACUCUGUCCAACUGUCAGAAUGUGACUGGAGAGAAGUCUGAAGUUAGCUCCAGGCUCCAGGAACUACAGGAAUUGAUGUCAAUGCGUCAUCGUGGUCAGAGCCUACUCAACUCAGCGAGUAGUAAAGCUGAACGAGUCUUACCUCAGACUCCACCUAAGGGUCAGGAGGCAAUCCAGGCUGAGCUUACAGGCAUGAGAGGAGACUACACUGCCUUACUGGAGGACACGAUGAGUGUGAAGGAGACUCUGGAACGAUGUGUCAGAGACUGGAACAAGUAUGAGGCAAGCUGUGAUAAGCUUUCCCGUUGGCUUGGCGAGUCCAAAGGACAGACCCGAAUGGCGGCUGAACUGAAGUCAACUCUGGGUGAGAAGAAAGUCCAGCUUGAACGAUGCAAGGCAAUCCAGCAAGACGUCGCAUCGCAUCAGAAAGAAAUGGUUGCCUUAACUGAGCAUGCUCAAAAACUCCUGGAUCAGAACCCAGAUGGUCUUCAGCCAAUCAGUGAAGAGCUCCUGAUGUUCACUGACCAAUACCAGAGCAGCGUGAAUGACAUCACGUCUGCCAUAGAAAAUCAUUCCCAGUCUGUCGCUGAACACACCGACUUCCAAAAAGGUCAGCGAGGGUUUGCGAACUGGCUCCGAGACGCCAAGAACAAAUUGUCAUCAGUAACUGAUACAUCAGGCAACAGUCAGACAGUGCAGGCCAAAUUAAUCGCACUGGAGGAACUGUUGGCAGCCAAGGAAGCUGGUCUUGAAAAGCUCGUCUCCGUCUCUGCAAGUGGAGAACGAACCCUUCCACUGACCGCAUCACCUGGACAGGAGACUAUCACGCAACAGCUUCAGAAAGACAAAGAGGAGAUAGAUGCACUGGCAGUCACCCUGCUAGACUCCAGAGACAGGCUGAAAGAGUGCGCCACACAGUGGGAGAUGUACGAGGAGAGUCAGGGCGAGAUGGAGGAGUGGCUGAAGGACAUGGAGGAAAGACUAGGCACCGGGUUGGAACUUCAGCCUGGACUGGAUACUAAACAGGACCAAGUGGAGAAGCUAAAGGAUCUUCAAGAAUCCAUCCAGAGUAAGCAGCCAGCCAUUGAGAUGGUUUCCAGACAAGCGCAGACCUUGCUUGAUAGCAGCGUUGGUAAUGUAGGAGUUGUCAGUGAGUCUACUCGACUAGCGUCUAGAUUUCAAAGGCUUGCCAUGACAAUCAAGGAUCAAGUGAAGCGCAGUGAGCACAAUUCCAUUGAACAUAGCCAACGCCAAGACACUCUGACAGACUUCAAUACCUGGCUUGCCUCAUCUCAAGAAGCAUUCACUCAAAGCUCUGGUCUACUUGGAGACAAACCCACCCUCCUAGACAGAGCUAAGACUCUGAAGCAGUUGAUGUCAAACAAGUCAACAGGACAGAACCUCCUUCAGGCUUUAGACCACAAAACCAGCAAGACGCUUUCCAACACAGCUGCCUCAGGGCAUGAGGUCUUGAGACAGGAUGUCCAGACGGCCCAGGGUGGUCUUGAGGAGCUGGUGACCAGCUUGAGUCUACAGCACCAAGAGCUUCAGCAAUGCUUGUUGCUGUGGGAUGAGUUUGAUGACCAGUGCACCCAGGUAGCCCAGGACUUGAAGGAAGCAGAGGCUAUCUUGGAUAGGGAGCCUGAGCUGAUGCCUGAUGCAAAGCAGAAAGAGCAACAAUUAGAGAAAUAUAAGAGCUUGGCAGAUGACAUAGCCAUCCAGAAUGAUUCUCUGGAGUCUCUCUUGGCUGGAGCUAAAGAGUUGGAGAGACUGACCGAACAGGAAUCGGUCAAUGAGAAGAUGGCUCAGAUCACUCAUCAGCACAAUACACUGGUUAAAGCAGCCCAGAUGGCAGUUGACACCACAUCAAAGAGAGUGACAAACCACCAAGAGUACGAUGACCUCAGCAGAGCUCUCUGCAAUUGGUUGGCAUCAACCAAUCAGGGACUGACAGACAACAGUAGUCUAGCAGGUACUAAGGAAACGCUACAGCAGAGAUCUGCCAAUUUGAAGGCUUUACAAUCUGACAUUCCUUCAUUUGAGGCCAAGCUACUACACCCUACACAGUCCCUCGGCAACCAACUCCUCACCGAAACCUCCCCUGCUGGCUGCAACUCAAUCCAGCAAGAACUGGAUCAAUGCGGUCUAGACUGGUCCACUCUGGUCAGGGAGUCAGACAACACAACUGAGUCUCUACAGGAAGCUAUCCAUGAAUGGGAGGAGUUUGAAGGGGAGUAUGGGGUGCUGAUUGAACGUCUUGAUGAUGCUGAGGCUAAGAUGUGUCAAGAGUUGGAGAUGAAGAAGGAUGUGACUGAGAAACAGGACCAGCUGAAUUAUUAUCAGAGCGUACAUGAUGACAUACUUAGCCUGGAGACCCCUCUGAGUGCCACAGCAAUGUGUGCUGAGCCCAUCAUUCAUAACAAUCCAAUGGAUUCAACAGUCAGUGGACAGGUAUCCCAGGCUAGGUCUCGCAACCAGAUGCUCAUUAACAAUGCCAAGGCCACAUUGAAGCUAUGUCAAGAGAGGGUUGAAGAUCAUCAAGUCUUGAAUCAAUCAUUAGAGGAGACAAGUGAACAUCUUGAGGAGGCAGAGGAACGAUUGAAACCUCUUAAAGAUCUCUCAGGAGACAGAUCAUCCAUUGAUGAGAAACUGAUGGCUGUGGAGUCAUUGGGAAACAGCCUCACCGACUACGAAUCCCAAGUCCAUCAAACCUCGGACCAAGGUCACCACGUCUUGCCCCAGACCUCACCUGAAGGUCAAGAGGUCAUCCAAGGUCAGCUGUCUGACCUAUCAGCGUUGUUGACCUCUGUGGUGCAUGGAGUGAAGGAUACCAAUAAGGCGUUGGUUGAGAGGCUGAGAUGUUGGAGUGAGUACGAGACGGUGGAGGAGGAGUUUGCCGCCUGGCUGAAGGAGAUGGAGAAGAUUCUUGAAGAGGAGCCGCAGAAGAGGGCGGAUCUUGGAGACAAGAAGAGCCAGUUGGAGAGAUACAAGGCCCUAGAGAGUGAAAUUACUUCCCAUAGCAUCAAUCUUGAAGACAUGGGUCAGAAAGCUCAGAAGCUUCUUGAGUACGACACGGGAGACAUGAAUGUAGAAGAGCUGACUGAUUCACUCAGAGCUCGUUACCAGGCACUCUGCAUCAGAUCAAAGGAUGUGACGGACACGCUGACACACAGUGUGAUGGAGCACCAGGGUUAUCAGGAUGCACUCGAGGAGGCUGAGAGGGCGCUGUUUGACAUUUCACAGCAGCUCACCGUCCAGGGGUCUCUACCAGAGGGAGAGAGCUUGGAGGAUAAUCAGCAACAACUAUCACAACUACAGGGAAUCAUGCGACAAAUCACUGCAUGCUCUGCCAAACUAGACCAUGCCUCUGUGGCCAGUAACCCUCUCACAAGCUCCGCCCAGGCCACGCCCGCACUAACCCAGCAUGUAGAGGCGGAGCUUAAGUCUGUAGAGGAGGGGCUUCAGGCUGUCAAUCAAACUGCACUGAGCAUACAGACACGCCUGCAAGAGUUGGUUAACCAACAGCAGGUUUAUAAGGAGACAUUGCAGACAUGUGCUGACUGGUUACAGGUGACUCAAGAAGGGUGGAGCCAAGAUGAGGCGGACGGAGAGGCGGAGAUUGUCAAGACUGAGGGGCUAGAGGAUGCUCAGAAUCAGCUGAAGGAUCUCCAGUCUUUGUUGGACACUGCCGUGAUGCACAACCAGCUUGUACAGGCCGCAGAGGAGGACCUCGAAGACACCAGCGGGGAUCCCGCCACGACUCAACUCUCCUCCAUUGUCCAUCAGCAGUUUACUGUCGUCAUCGAAACCAUAGAAACACGCAUCAGUGUCGCGCAGAAGCUGAGCAGCAAAUGGAAGGAGUUGGAGGAUCGGAAAGCAGUGUUGAGGGCGUGGUUGGAGAAAGCGAGAGCAAUGGAGGAAGAGGAGAGACAGAAGCCAGCGGAUCUAGAGGUUGCCAAGGCCAAAGGUCAUCUUGAAAAAGUCAAGGAUCAACUGGAUGAUGUCAAAUCCAAACAAGCAGAGCUAUCUGAGAUCUACUCUGAGCAAUCCCACCUCUGCCACCGUCCAGACCCGGAUCUUGAUUCAUUGGACCUAGACAUCAAAGACCUAGCUGAUGCUGUCCAGCAGCUGACUGAAGCUUGUAAGGAGCAACUAGUUGAUGCAGAGAGAUAUCUAGAGACGAGGAUAGCGGUGGAGGAGGUUCUCAAUGAUGCGGAGCGAGAGAUUGCCGAGAUGGAGAAGGAUGACUUCAUGUCCACGCAGGAGAAGUUGCAGAAGCAUGAGAGAACCGUCUCCCUGUUAGCUGAUAGGAAGGAACUGGAAGCUGUAAGAGAAUCAACCAAGAAAGUAUCUGGAUCCACAAGCCCCAGAGAGAGGAAUGCUGUGCAGGAGUUCCUCAGUGGAAGCACAGAGAGAUGGGUAAGUCUCGGCGAGAGAGCCCGGACUGGUACCCACACCCUGCAGCACUCUCUGACAGACUACAAUGCCUUCUUAGACAAAGCCAAGGAGUCUAGGAUCUGGUUAGCUGAGACUGAGGGGGCGGUAGCCGAUGGUUUCCUGAUCAGCCCUGGGGUGGAGUCAGCUCAAGAGAUGGUAGACGCUAACCAGGUCGUGUGUUCAGACAUCGCCAGUAAGAAGGCAGUGUUUCUCAUCAUCAGUGAGCAGGCUGAUAAACUCUGCCAAGGUCUAAGCCACAGAGAGAGGGAGACUGUUCAGCAUAGCAUCCAACAGAUCGGUGGGCAGUUAACCUCACUGCAACAAAGGGCACUGACUAAACACAAAAUACUACAGACAUGUGUCGUCGAGAGAAGGGACUUCUGGCAGCAGUUUGAGUCCUGUUCGGAAUGGCUAGCUGAGAAGGAGCCGUUUGUUUUAAGGAAGGAGAAUCCUAAACUACAGGUGUCUGCUGUGGUCCAACAGGUGUUUGAAGCAAAGGCUGAGCAGGAGCAAGUGAAGUCUCAUCAUCCUCAGAUGCAGCAGCUUGUCUCUAAGGGUCAACCCAUCCUCCCUCAAUGCAGUCCAGAUGAACGCAAACAACUACUCUCUCAGCUAACAGCGAUCCAGCAGCGCUACAGUCUCCUCAAAGACACGGCAUCCUCUCGUCUUGACUCGCUGGGCAAGCAUCUUGCUAAGACAAAGCGAUUUGAGACUGAUGUUGCUAAGAUGGACACCUGGCUGAGUGACAGUGAGCUGGUUGCUUAUGCACCGGUUGUCUUGAAGUGCCCACUGGAGCACAUGAAAGAACAGCGUGAACAGUUUCAGGAGAUCUGUGAUGACUCUCACUCUUAUAAGAAUCUGGUAGGCUCCUUACACACUCAAGCCCAAGACAUCUCACCAGAACUAACAUCUGAGGAUAACCAGAGCCUAGAUGAGCAGCUUCAACGACUUGAUGACAAGUUUGAAAAAGUAUCCGUCAAAUCCUCCAACAAGCAAUUUCAUCUCGCAGAAUCCAUCAGCCAGAGGGAGGGUUAUGAGCGAGAGAUCUCAGACCAAGAUGCUGAACUGUCUGAGCUACAGACCCUUGCUAAGGUGCUGGAUGAGCCACUUAGUCAUGAUGUGGAUCAGGCAACGGAACAGCUUCAGAAGGCACAGGACAUUCAAGUCAAAAUUCAGAAUCAACAACCCAAGAUGGAUGACCUUCACAACAGCAAAGUUGCCAUGGUAGGCAAUGAUCAGGUCGACCACGCUGAUGAUGUCACACGAUUAGACACAACCUAUCAGGAUCUGCUGAAGGCAACGUCUUCAAGGUGCUCUGUCUUCGAGGAGGCUGUGGAGGUGAGGAAAGAGUACACCAAGAAUGUGACGGAGAUAGAGGAAUGUCUUGAGGAGUGUGGUAACGAGAUCCCGUGCCUACAGGAAGCGGGAAUGAUGACUGAGGAGAAGCUGGAGAAAUGUCAGGCUCUGUUAGUGACACUCGGCAACCAGUUCCCAAACUUGACGACACUAGACACCCAAGGCCAAGAUAUUCUCCAGACGGCUGACAAGUCGGACCAUCCCAUCAUCACCACCACCAACCUCAAGCUGAAACAAGACAUGCAGUCCCUCGCAGAGCAUCUCAAACAGAACCUGGAGGUCUUGGAAGGCACCAAGAAGGCCAAGGAAUCCUUGACGGAGGAUGUGAAUAGAUGUCUGGGAUGGCUUGAGGAGACGGAUACAGACAUCAGAGGAGUGGCACCAAUCAGAUUGCCGUCUGAGAGAGUGGAGGAGGAACUCAGAAAACAUGAGCUCCUUCAGCCCACCUUGGACAAGAAGCUCCAGCAAGCUCAAGCUCUAAUCAUCAGCGUCAACGCCAAGUAUGCAGAGCUCCAAGAACCCAUCCCAGCACAACUCCAAGCCGACCUCGAGCAGAUGGACACCCUUCAUUCUCAGCUACUCCACGGCACCAAGGAGAGAGCUGCAAGACUCCAAGAGGCACUGAGUCUUAGAGAGGAUCUUGAGAGAGGGGAAGAGGCGGUGAAGGAGUGGUUGGACCCAGCGGAGGAGAUGCUAAAGACAGAUGAGGAAGGAGUUGAUUAUGAGAAUGGUCAUGAGCAGUUAAGAAAACACAAGCUGCUGUUUGCCAAGGAAGCUAUUUUCCAGAGUAAACUCGAUGAAAUUGAGGAAAUCGCUGACAAAAUCUUGCCCACUCUGAGCUCCGAGGAAAGCUCUUUACUCAAAGCGGACAUUUCGAAUCUCAGUUCACGAUUGGCUGAUACAGCUACGAGGUCAAGAGAUAUUGAAGAAAAGCUCCAAGAUGGCGUCAAUAACUGGCAAGACUUUGUGUCGAGUGCGGUAGAACUGAAGAGCGCCCUCACUGGUUUACAAGAGAGAGCUGUGUACCAGUCUCCCACCGAUUUAGCGUCGGCAAAAGACAAUGAGCAACUCAAUCAGGAAAUCAUGCAAGUAAUGCAAGCCCAACUAACCCAACUGAAAUCCCUGGAACAACAAGCUGAAGUACUGGUUAAGCAUGGAAACCCACCAGGCAAAGCAGCUGUCCAAAAGAGACUGCAAGAUCUUCAGGGUCUAGCGGAGAUGUUACAAGACAAGUCGUCCAGUGACAACGAGAAGAUGAGGAAGCAGGGAGAACGCUGGCAGGAGUAUCAAGAUGCCCUGCAAGAGGUGACGGAAGUCUUGCUGACUGCGGAGAGAUGUUUGCCAGUGUCUGUCUCACACAGUAUCGGGAAUGAGGACCUACUUGUGAAACUAAAUACAGCAAAGGAAACAAAUGCCAAGAUUCACGAUGGUGAGGCCAAACUUGCCAAGCUCCAGGAAGCUGGUGAGACGUUACUGUCUGACUUGGAUGAUCCAGCUCUCUCUGAUCCAGUCUCUGAAGAGAUUGCAAACAUUAAGGCCAAACACAGCAGGUUGGAGUCUAAAGGAGCCAAGACUGAGGCCUCCCUGGAGGAGGAACUCACUGACAGGGAUAGAUUUGCCUCUCAGUCUGAAGAUGUCUUGAAAGACCUGGAGACACUUCUUGCCAAGUUGACUGAGCUUGUUCAAAGUAUCGGCCCAGAGCUCAAAGAUGUUGAAGACAAGAUGAUUGGGAAACAGGACUUCACAGAUGACCUCGACAGUCUGAACCUGACCUCGGACGAUCUGACCAAGACCCAACAGUCCAAGUACGACCACCUCCAACAGGCUCCUCCUCCUGAAGUAGCAGAGGAGAUUGAGAAACUUCACAUUAAGCAAGCUCAGGUCGCCGAGAUGAUGACGGCGGUCGAGAGGAACCUCUCAGAGGCCAAGGCACUUAGGGAUGACUUCAGUAGUCAGGUGCAGAGGGUGGAAGAGAUCGUUGGAGACGUGCAGGAGACCCUGGAGGGCAGAGUGACUGAUGUCCAAAAGAGUAAACGCUCAAAUGAGGAAGCUCAGGAGAAUCUCCAAGAGGCUAAAGCCCUGCUGGACGUCCUCCAACACCAAGCUCACAGUCUCACCAACCAAACCAAGCAGCCUGUUGAAAAACAGCAAGUCACCGCCACGAUAACCAACCUCCAGACACAGGUCAUUACCCUUGGUCAAGCUGUGUCACAAAAGGUCACUGAGCUGACUGAGGCUGUUGCACUAUGGGAGGACCAUCAUGAGGCUCUGGAGAGUGUUUCUGUUUGGCUGGCGGAGGGAGUCAGCAUAACGGAGCCCAAUCUUGUCAUGACAAAUCCACAGAUUGUACACUCACAGCUUGAUGCCCAUCAGAACGUCUUGGCUGAUGUUCCAGACAUAACAGACAAUUUGGAAAUUCUGAAAACCACCACCAAAGCCCUCGCCCACGUCUGUGACACCCAGGAUCUUGCCCAGAAUGCAUCUGUUCUUGCUGACCAAGCCAAGGAAACGGAGACCAUUACCGAGGAGAGGAAGUUCAUCCUUGAAGAUGCUGCCAAGAAGUGGGACAGUCAUGAGAAAGAGAUUACAGAGUUAACAGCCACCAUCGCUCAGGCCAAGGCGGCCAUGUUUGCUCCAGAACUAGAGUCUAAAGGACUCAGACAGCAAAUGAAGGCACAAGAGGAUUUGGUGUCAGCACUAGAGAUGUGUGAGGCAAGACUAGAAGAGCUCCAGAUUCAACAUGCGUUCAUUGUCGUGGCGAAACCAACCUCUCCACAACACACCUCUGCCCCAGCCACUGAAGUAAGUGACACCACUGCCGCUACUCCUGACCAAGAGGUUUCUUACCCUCAACUGACUGAAGUUGCUGUUGAUCUAGAGCAGCUUCAUCAGAUCGCUGAUGAGCAUAAGGAGAAGCUACAAAUGUCUCUCAUACAACAGGAGGAGUAUGACGUUCAGCUGGAGGUCUUGGUCACCAAGAUAAAAGCAGCUCAAGACAAGAUGGCGUCACCCAUUGAGCCAACUACAGUUGAGGAGAUAAAACGACAGCUAGCUGAACAUGAUGCUCUGGCAGCAGAAAUCCAGACAUAUGAAGAGGAGAUUCUUCAACUGAAUGACAAAACAGACAAGCUGACAGAGCAGGCUGGAGCAAGGAUAGCUGCGAGACGUGCAUCCUAUGCCAAGAUCAAUCCGCCCCUUCAGCUGAUUACAAGGCCUCAGUUUGGUGUCCAGGCUCAGCUGAUGAGGAGAGGUAGUCCAACGAUGAUUCCUGGAUUUUAUCAGACUCCUCAAGAUGUCUCGCCUUUGAGUGAGCUUGAUGGGGUGUCACCUGAGAGUGCCAAGAUGGAGGCUUUUGGAAAGGAUGAGAUUGAUCUUUCUGAUUCAGAAGGACUGCCACAUGAAACAGUAAAAGCUUCAGUUGGAAGUCCGCAGAAGUCUGCUCUAAGCUUCAAGCCUCAUCAACAAGAACCUGUGACUCCUCUAGAAGAUAAGAUGAAACCACAUGUGGUUACAGACAAGGGGCUGGCUUACAUCCUAAGACCCCUCCAGAGCAAAGAACAAAGCAUUGGGUCGAGUCCUUUGACUGGGUUGACUAGCGCCACCCCUGGUGGUGGCGUGGGAGAACCACUCAUAUCUCCUGACUUUGUGGUUGUUCAAGAAGUACAUCCCCAGAAGGUACCAGCUGUCAUUGGAGUAACUACAGUGAAAGAUACAGACAGGCCGCUUGUUAUUCAGGACCCUAGAACUGGAGAGCUCAUGGUUGCAGAACCUGCUAGUGAUCCACUGGAGCUUCAGGGUCAGCUUACAGCCUAUGUACCUCAAUCUGGGAAAGCACUGAUUCUAAGUCCGAACAAGGAAAAGGCACUAGAAGCUUUUCCUGUUAAAGAAAGCAACGGGAAACCCUUCAAGCCUAGUGUCACUGAGACGGCUGUACAGAAGGAGCAUAAACUCCCUCUAGAAGUUGACCCUGCUCAUCAGCGAAUGGCAGAAGAACCAACACUUCAGAAGCAAGUUGUGACAGAUAAGGGAUUGGCAUUUGUCUUAAGACCACUUGAAGAUACAGAUUAUACUGCUGGAGCUUUAAGUCCCUCAUCUGGGGUGGCUGGCACUGCACCUGGUGGAGGAUUUGAUCAAGCAGUAGUGGACUAUAUUGUGCUGGAUGAAGCUCAACCAGACAGCAUGCCUGUGAUUUUGGGAACCAGCAUGGUACCUGUUGCUCAGAAGCCAUUUGUGAUUCAGGACCCACAGACAGGUCAGCUCAUGAUUGCAGAACCUGCGUCUGAAGUCCAAGAGCUCCAUAAUCAGCCAACUGCAUACAUACCUGCCUCAGGAAGAGCAGUUGUACUUGAUCCAGGAAAACAUAAGGCAGUUGAGGCUAUGCCUGUUGGUGACAUCCCACCAGUGUCUGAGCAGGUGACCUCUGUGAACAUUACCCUCGAUCAACAGCCUUGGAAAACAAAUUUGACGUAUCUCCUGUCUGAGGAUCAGGAACACACUGAAAUGCCAAGAAGUCAGCUAAAAACGCCUGAGCAGCCUAUGGUAACACAGCUAGUAACUUCCAGAGGUCCAGUGUACGUCCUUAAACCAAGUGAAGAAGCUGGAGUUCCAAGCCCAUUAUCAGGUCAAGAUGGUUCUGCUCCAGAUGGAGGUGAAAGAACGUCUAACCUUAAAUAUGUCAUUUCAGACGAGGCUUCCCCCCAGCAGGUACCCACCAUAAUUGACACUGUGACUGUUCCAUACUCUGAACCUUUAAAGAUCCAGGAUCCAAGGACGGGGAAAGUCAUGAUGGCAUACCCAGCUGAAAGGCCAGAACAAUUGAACUCGGAAGUCACUGCAUUUUGCAAACCAAAUGAAAUGUCACCGAUGAUGAUUCACUAUCCUAAGACGAACAGAGUUGAGGUAGCACAACCAGUUGAAACCCCUGUCGGGUUGGAAGAGCCAUUGGAACAACUGGUUACUGAAGAGGGUCCAGCUUACAUUCUGAAACCAAUUACGGAUCUUUCUCAGCCCAUGAAAGUAACUGAGAAUGGGAUAGAACUGCCAGAACCUACAACAGUUCAGGAAGCAAAACUGGAUCAUGUACCAGCUGUGGUUACAUCAAGACCUGUAUCUCAAACUCCAUCAGUAUCACUGAGAGUAAGAGAUCCAACAACUGGAGAGGUCAUGCAAGCUAUUCCGGCUUAUAAACCAGAAGACCUUCAAAGAGAGGUGUCAGCCUAUAUUAAUGAUACACAGCCUGACCAAGUGAAAAUCCACUAUCCAGUAGCUAGCCAAGUCCAUCCUCCUAAAGCAACACAAUAUGCACAAGAAAUGGAUAUUGAGCUUGCUGCUGAUAAAAAGACAGUUGUUGAGAAAACAUGGUCAGUACAACUUCCCAAAACAUCUCCAAGAGAAGUGUCUUUGUUCCUUGAAAGCAAACAAAGUCAGCCGGAGGUGAGAGAGAGUCAGUUAGUAACUUCAGAGGGGCCAGCGUAUAUACUAAGACCAAUAGAAGAUGUUGUAGGCAUGGAUCCUGCAGGUCCCUUAGAGACGGGAGAAGCUAGUAGUCCAAGCUCAAGACACCUCAUCCCAUCCCAUGUGGAUGAAUUGAAAGAAGUACCUGCAGUAAUCACAUCCAUACCAAACUUGCAAUCUUCUGUAGAGCCUUUAAAAAUCAAAGACCCUUUAACUGGAUGCAUUAUGGUUGCACUGCCUUGCGGUGACCCAAGAAAGCUUCAAACAGAAGUAACUGCAUACAUUAAAGACCCAGAUCAAGGCAUCUUGAAGAUCCAUUAUCCAGGCAGAGUGAUAGUACCUCUAGAAAAGUCUGCAGAUCCUGAACAGACACCAUCACUUUCAAGACCUCAUUUGCAGCAUCCUACAAAGCAACUUGUUACAAAUCAAGGCCCAGCAUAUGUACUUAGGUCUGUCAAGAAAUCACUUGGGGCUGCAACUGCAAGCCCCCUCGAUGAUUCAGAAGGUAUUGCCCCUGAUGGUGGUGACUACAUCAUAACAAGAGAGGUUGCCGAUGCAUGCCUGCCAGUUGCAAUGACUUUCAGACCUGUAUCAAAAACACAGUCAAAGCUUUUGAUAAGAGAUCCACGAACUGGGGAGAUCCUCGAAGCUGUUCCAGCUGAUGAUCCCCAACAGCUCAAGACAGAUGUUACUGCCAUCAUUAGUGAUUCGAAAAACCAACCAGUACAGAUUUUCAAACCAAGUACAGGUCAAGCCCUCAUUGCUCAACCCAUCAAAGAUUCAGGAGAUGGGGAAGCUAUUCCAGGUAAAUCUUCACUCAAUCAAGAAAGAGCAGUGAAAGAACCUCAACAGCAAUUAGUUACUCAAGUUGGACCUGCCUUUGUGCUAAAACCACUCGAAACAUUAAGGCCAGAUGUUCAACGCAUGCUUGAGACUCCUGUCAUUCCUUCGGAAGAUUCUGAACUGGUUGAGCUUCCCUUGGUAGUUUCCUCUUGCCCGGUCUCAGAGGUGCCAUUAAAGGCUCGCACAAUCAAAGACCCUUUGACAGGGGAUGUUCUGGUGGCACUGCCUUGUACGGAGCCAUCACAGUUCCUCACACAAACAAUACUUUUUGUUGAUCCUAAAGAUGGUAGAGUGAAAAUCCAUCAUCCCCAAAGCAUUGAGCCAACACCAGAAGCAAUAACUGCCUAUCUUGAGAAACAACCAUUGCACUUCAAGAAGGUUCCAGUUGAGAAGAUGGACAUUCCUGGAGAACAAUUGGUUACUGAAGAGGGUCCAGCGUAUGUACUGAGACCACUUAACUCAGUACAGCCAGAUGAGAAACUCAUUCAGAUGACUCCAUUUUCUCCUUCAGAAAAACUAGACAAUGCUCCUAUUGUACUUUCUACAAGACCGGUCAGUGAGGCUCCUAUAGCAGCCAUUAAAGUCAAAGACCCAAUCACUGGGAAUGUUAUGGUAGCAGUGCCUUGUGUUACUCCAGCAGAACUACUGGCAGAAACGACGGUAGUUAUUGACGGAGAAGACAACAUAAAGAUUCACUAUCCACAAGCAGGCAAGCCAACACCAGAGGAAAUGACUGCCUAUCUUGAAAAACAACCAUUGCAUUUCAAGAUUGACCCAGUUGGUGAGAGGGCCAUUCCUGGAGAACAGUUGGUUACAGAAGAGGGUCCAGCCUAUGUUCUUCGACCAAUUGACACAAUCCAACCUGGUGUUAAAGUUAUGCGGAAGACUCCAUAUUCUCCCUCAGAAAAGUUGGACAACCUUCCUCUUGUAGUUGCCACAAGACCGGUCAGGGAGGCUCCUUUAGCAGCCAUCACAGUCAAAGAUCCAGUCACUGGCAAUGUUAUGAUAGCAGUGCCUUGUGUGAUUCCAGCAGAGUUACUGACAGAAACAACGGUAGUUAUCGAUCAAGAAGACAACUUAAAGAUUCACUAUCCACAAGCAGGCAAGCCAACACCAAAGGAAAUAACUGCCUAUCUUGAGAGACAAUCAUUGCAUUUCAAGAUUGACCCAGUUGGUGAGAGGGCCAUUCCUGGAGAACAGUUGGUUACAGAAGAGGGUCCAGCAUUUGUUCUUCGACCAAUUGACACAAUCCAACCUGGUGUUAAAGUUAUGCAGAAGACUCCAUUUUCUCCAUCAGAACAAUUGGACAACCUUCCUCUUGUAGUUUCCACAAGACCAGUCAGUGAGGCUCCUUCAGUGGCCAUUACAGUCAAAGAUCCAGUAACUAGAAAUGUUAUGGUAGCAGUGCCCUGUGUGAUUCUAGCAGAACUACUGACAGAAACUACAGUAGUUAUUGAUCGAGAAGACAACAUAAUGAUUCACUACCCACAAGCAGGCAAGCCAACACCAGAGGAACUGACUGCCUAUCUUGAGAAACAACCAUUGCAUUUCAAGAUUGACCCAGUUGAGGAGAGGGCCAUUCCUGGAGAACAGUUGGUUACAGAGGAGGGUCCAGCAUAUGUUCUUAGACCAGUUAACACAAUCCAACCAGGUGUUAAAGUUAUGCGUAAGACUCCAUUUUCUCCAUCAGAACAAUUGGACAGCCUUCCUCUUGUACUUUCCACGAGACCGAUCAGUGAGGCUCCUUUAGCAGCCAUCACAGUCAAAGAUCCAGUCACUGGCAAUGUUAUGGUAGCAGUGCCUUGUGUGAGUCCAACAGAAUUACUGACAGAAACAACUGUAGUUAUCGAUCAAGAAGACACCUUAAAGAUUCACUAUCCACAAGCAGGCAAGCUAACACCAACGGAAAUAACUGCCUAUCUUGAGAAACAACCUUUGCAUUUCAAGAUUGACCCAGUUGGUGAGAGGGCCAUUCCUGGAGAACAGUUGGUUACAGAAGAGGGUCCAGCAUUUGUUCUUCGACCAAUUGACACAAUCCAACCUGGUGUUAAAGUUAUGCAGAAGACUCCAUUUUCUCCAUCAGAACAAUUGGACAACCUUCCUCUUGUAGUUUCCACAAGACCAGUCAGUGAGGCUCCUUCAGCGGCCAUUACAGUCAAAGAUCCAUUAACUGGAAAUGUUAUGGUAGCAGUGCCUUGUGUUACUCCAGCAGAACUACUGACAGAAACUACAGUAGUUAUUGAUCGAGAAGACAACAUAAAGAUUCACUACCCACAAGCAGGUAAGCCAACACCAGAGGAACUGACUGCCUAUCUUGAGAAACAACCAUUGCAUUUCAAGAUUGACCCAGUUGAGGAGAGGGCCAUUCCGGGACAACAGUUGGUUACAGAGGAGGGUCCAGCAUAUGUUCUAAGACCAGUUAACACAAUCCAACCAGGUGUUAAAGUUAUGCGUAAGACUCCAUUUUCUCCAUCAGAACAAUUGGACAGCCUUCCUCUUGUACUUUCCACGAGACCGAUCAGUGAGGCUCCUUUAGCAGCCAUCACAGUCAAAGAUCCAGUCACUGGCAAUGUUAUGGUAGCAGUGCCUUGUGUGACUCCAACAGAAUUACUGACCGAAACAAUGGUAGUUAUCGAUCAAGAAGACACCUUAAAGAUUCACUAUCCACAAGCAGGCAAGCUAACACCAAAGGAAAUAACUGCCUAUCUUGAGAAACAACCUUUGCAUUUCAAGAUUGACCCAGUUGGUGAGAGGGCCAUUCCUGGAGAACAGUUGGUUACAGAAGAGGGUCCAGCAUUUGUUCUUCAACCAAUUGACACAAUCCAACCUGGUGUUAAAGUUAUGCAGAAGACUCCAUUUUCUCCAUCAGAACAAUUGGACAACCUUCCUCUUGUAGUUUCCACAAGACCAGUCAGUGAGGCUCCUUCAGCGGCCAUUACAGUCAAAGAUCCAGUAACUGGAAAUGUUAUGGUAGCAGUGCCUUGUGUUACUGCAGCAGAACUACUGACAGAAACGAUGGUAGUUAUUGACGGAGAAGACAACAUAAAGAUUCACUACCCACAAGCAGGUAAGCCAACACCAGAGGAACUGACUGCCUAUCUUGAGAAACAACCAUUGCAUUUCAAGAUUGACCCAGUUAAGGAGAGGGCCAUUCCUGGACAACAGUUGGUUACAGAGGAGGGUCCAGCAUAUGUUCUUAGACCAGUUAACACAAUCCAACCAGGUGUUAAAGUUAUGCGUAAGACUCCAUUUUCUCCAUCGGAACAAUUGGACAGCCUUCCUCUUGUACUUUCCACGAGACCGGUCAGUGAGGCUCCUUUAGCAGCCAUCACAGUCAAAGAUCCAGUCACUGGAAAUGUUAUGAUAGCAGUGCCUUGUGUGAGUCCAACAGAAUUACUGACAGAAACAACUGUAGUUAUCGAUCAAGAAGACACCUUAAAGAUUCACUAUCCACAAGCAGGCAAGCUAACACCAACGGAAAUAACUGCCUAUCUUGAGAAACAACCUUUGCAUUUCAAGAUUGACCCAGUGGAGAAGAUGGAAAUUCCUGGAGAACAGUUGGUUACAGAAGAGGGUCCAGCAUAUGUACUUAUGCCCAUUGAGGUGUUAAGGCCAGAUGUCCAACACAUACAGGAAACCCCAUUCAUUCCUUCUAGUGAGAGGAAGUUGGAUGAGGUUCCUGCUGUAGUUUCCUCAAGACCAGUUUCAGAAGUGCCUUUUGAAACCAUCACAAUCAAAGAUCCAGACACUGGGCAGAUCUUGAUAGCCAUGCCAUGUGUAGACCCAUCAGAUUUAUUGUCUAAAACAACAGUGUUUAUUGAUCCAGCAGACAAUACAAUGAAGAUCCAUCGUCCUGCAGAAGUUAAACCUACAGAGGAGGAAAUGUCUGUGUAUCUUCCUGACCAACCAUCGCAACAGAAGAAAAAACAACCUCAGCAACUUGUCACUGAUGAAGGAAGAGCCUUUGUUCUCAGGCCUGUUAGAGAAAAUAAAAAGUCGGCUAAAAAAGGCAAAGUCCUGACUGGAAUUGAAAUAAAGGAGAUACCUACACUCAAAGCAUCUAAACCAAUAUCAGCUAAAAAGCCUAUCAAAAUCAAGGAUCCAAAAUCAGGGCGUAUCAUGGAGGCCAUCCCAGCAGUUGAUCCCCAUGAACUUGAAACCAACCUGGUAGCUUUUGUAAAAGACGAUGAUAAGAACACAGCUAGGAUCCAUUAUCCACAAACUGCAAGAGGUACGAAGAGACCGUGGACCCCCAGUAGUGAUUCUUCACAACCUCAUCAUGAGCCUGCUGAUCAAGGCUUGUUGCAUAAGCCUAUCAAAGAGGAUGCAACUGUAUCCAAGUUCAGCAAGAAAGCUGCACAAGGAUUCAAGUUUUCUCCUAAAAAGCAAGGAGUUGAACCUUUAUCAUCUGGAGAAAUUGAUGGUCAUACCUUGAGACAACCAUCAAAAUCUGACUAUGCUGCCAGUACCGACAAACAUGUCUCUCCACAAGAUGAAAUGGUUGUAGAUCCUAGCCCUAUUACACACCAGCUUGUUACAGAUAAAGGUCCUGCCUACACUCUAAAACCUCUGGAUGAGUCGAGCACUAAUCACUUUGGCAGUCCACUUGUAGGUAAACAAGGAUCGACACCGGGUGGUGCAGUUAGUGGGGUCGACUACCUCAUGGUGCAGGAGAUGCCAUAUGAGCAACUCCCAAGGGUGGUAGGAACCAGACCUGUGACUGAAGGGCAGUUGUUAACGGUGCAAGACCCUAAAACUGGGAAAAUGAUGGCCGCUGUGCCUGCCCAGUCCUUGAAUGAUCUCAAGCGGUCAGUCAGUGCAUAUGUGCCAGAUGGUAACAAAGAUCAAGCCAUGGAGAUUUUCGAUCCUGCAAGUAGGCAAGUCGCUGUAGCUUUACCAACAGAGAUUGCUGAGGAGUUGUUAGAUGGUGCAGAUGAGGAAUCUGCAGACCUUCCUGCACAAUCUAGAGAUGCAUCCUUGCCCUCAACAACCCAAGAUUCUGAUGUUCCAAUGUCAUCUUUAUCCUCCCAUCAAUCAAAACCUGGAGGAGCAGCUUCAGUAUCUAAGCCUAUUGAAGAAAUGGAAACAAGUGAGCCACUUGACGAUUCUUCAUUCAAAAUCAUUGGUGAACUUGUUCAGACAUCAACUCCAUUUCUAUCAAGGGCGCAUUUUGAGAAGAAACCUUUGAGUCAAAUAUCAGCUUUUGAGUUUAAACCAAACCAGACACCAUCGAAUGAACACACAAAGACUGAAGAAGAGACCGAACACAUUUCUGAAAAUGUCUGUCAACUGGUGACAGAUCAAGGACCAGUUUAUGUUUUGAAACCAUUUUAUGACGGAGUGAGCAGUCCUGUGAAAGGUCAGCAGGGUAGUGCGCCAGAUGGUGGAGUGGGUCCUCCAUCUGCGGAUUUUGUUGUAUCACAAGAGGUACUACCACAACAGCAUCCUAUGGUCACUGGAGCUAGAGAAGUUCCAGAGACUUUGUCACUAAUUGUGAGCGAUCCAAACACAGGUAGAACUUUGGUUGCUAGACCAGCUGAGAACCUGAAGGACCUUGAUGAUCAACUGACAGCAUGCAUUCCUGACAAUGCCAACCAGCCGGUGAGAGUUCAUGAUCCAAAGAAACAGAAAGAUCAAAUUGCCAUUCCAACAGAAAAUGUUCCUGGUCAUGAAUCAUCAGCAGUACAGAGACCAUCGGAAACACAUUUGGCUCAGAAGCUUUCAGAGCAACAUCCAGCUCAAGUUGGGGAAAUAGAAAUGAAAGAUGCCCCUGAUAAGGAAGACUCCCAUUGGGAUUGUUUCCAACUCCUGGCCAAAGAGGGACCAAUCUACACGCUGGAACCCAUGGACAUAAAUGCAUUCCAACCAUCACUAUCUGAAGAAGAAAAUCUGCCAGUUGAUGAUGAAGGUAUGCCAUUGGCAGAUUUUGAAAUAUCUCCUGAAGAUUCUCAACAGGAUCAUGAACCAGAAGUCACAGGUGCUAAAAAUUUACCACAAUCCAAAACUCUGAUCAUCAAAGAUCCUAAGACUGGUCAGACGUUUGUCGCAAGACCAGCACAGAGUCUGGAUGAUAUUGGUGAGGAGAUAACGGCAUGUAUUCCUGAUAAUGCACAAGGCACUGUCGCAGUUCAUUAUCCUCACAGACCUCGAGCUGAUGAGGCCAUUCCAUCUGAUGGUCAAGGUCCAAUUGAGGAAGCUGUAUUACCUAGUAGAGUUGAUGGAGUUGAAAAACCUCAAACUAAGCUGCCGAAGGCUCACAAACUACCAUCUGCAGUAAAUGGUGAAGAGCAGCAUAUGGAUGAAUCAAAUUUCAGUGUACCUCCUGAAAAGGAAGUGAACCAGUUACUUACUGACCAAGGACCUGCCUACAUCUUAGAACCAUUUGAUGGAGAAGUGAGCAGCCCAUUGUCUGGUAUAAACGGCAAUGCCCCCGAUGGAGGUCAAGGGUCUCCCUCAGUGGAUUAUGUAAUCUCAGCAGAGACCCAACCACAGAAUGUACUUCCACAGAUAACAGGUGCUAGGAAAGUUCUUCCUUCUCAACCUCUUGUGAUUCAGGAUCCAGACACUGGGAAGACUCUGAUAACCAGGCCAGUACAAAGUCUGAAGGAACUUGAGGAUGAAGUGUGUGCUUUCAUUCCUGACAUCUCUCAACCAAUCAGAGUCCGUAAUCCUCACACCAACGAAGACAGAAUUGCAGUUCCUACUGAGUAUUCGCCAGUAGAUGAAGUUGCAUCUGCAGAGAGAGUGUACCCAGUCCACAAACCAUUCAGACUUUUGGACGAUGAAGUUCCAGUGGCACAACAUCUUUCAGAAGAAGUGAUGCAACUUCUAUGUGAUCGUGGACCAGUGUAUGUGUUAACGCCAUUACACACGGGAACAAGUGUUCCAACAAAGGGUGGAGCUGGAUUUGCUGCUACUAGAGCAAAAAGCCCUCUAACAGCAGCUGCUGAUAUAUCAGCAGAUGUGCAACCAAUGCAGGAGCCCAUUGUGACCGGUGCUUGCACUGUUCCUUUGUCAAAACCCCUUGUUGUUCAGGAUAAGGGAACUCAUGAAUUCUUUGAAGUGAGGCCAGCUCAAAAUUUAAAAGAACUCUCUGAGGAGUUGACAGCAUGCCUACCUGACAAAAACAACAACUUUAUCCAAAUCCAUGAUCCCCACACAAAGCAAGAUCCAUCUGAAAAGGCUGAAGAAGCUGCACAGUCACAAAAACCCAGUAAGAAGAAGAAACCCAAAAAGCGAAAGAAGAAGGGAACAGCAAUGGAUCACAAAGGGGACACAAAAGACAUACCUGAUGGACUUCCAAGUAAAGAUGUUAAGCAGUUGGUCACAGACCAAGGUCCCGUAUAUAUUUUAACACCAAUGGAUAGAAACUUGAGUUCUCCACUGAAGGGUCAAGAAAAAAGUCCCCAAAAUGGGGGAGCAGGAGCACCAUCAACUGACUUUGUGAUUUCAGCAAAACCACAACCGCAGCAAAAACUACCUGUGGUUGUUGGUGCUAGGGAUAUUCCAGAAGCAAAGAAACUUGUUGUUCAAGAUCCAGGAACUGGGGAGCUGCUUAUUGCACAACCAGCUCAGAGUUUGAAUGACUUAACUGACAAAAUCACUGCUUGUAUUCCGGAUGAUACCAAUCAACCGAUAAUUCUUAACAAUCCCAAAACAAAACAAGGCCAAGUAGCCAUUCCAUCUGAGAAGGCUGGCAUUGAUAAACCUGGACAGGUCAGUGAAGAAUAUGACGUGGUGAAACCUUCAUCUCAAAGAUCUAAAGGAGCCCAGCCUACGAAGAAACAUCCAGUAACAGAAAGCUUUACAGCAGUAGCUUCUCCUGGUGCUACCACCCCAGAAAUUGAACAAUUGCUUACAGAUCAAGGACCUGUCUAUGUUUUGACACCAGAAGUUGACGAUCCAUCACAUGUCCUUAAGGGCAAAAAGGGGCAAUCGUUGGACAAGGGAGAGGGCCCUCCGUCUGAUUUUGUAAUAUCAGAAGAUGCAGAACCAAAGAAGCAACCAAUCGUCAGUGGAGCCAGGAAUGUACCAAUGUCCAAACCAUUAAGAGUGAAAGAUCCCAGAACAGGCCAGACUCUCAUUGCAAGACCCGCACAAAGUUUGAAUGACCUGACUGAUGAGGUUACGGCAUGCAUACCGGAUGAAGCUGAUCAACCUGUGAGAAUUCACGAUCCGUCUCUUACAGAGGACCAGAUUGCUGUUCCAAAUUCCUCGUCUGGUGGAUCAAAGAAACGGAAGGCACAGAAAAGCAAAGACAAGAAACCAAAGAGAAAAGAAGCCAGCAAGGGAAAACAAAAUAUUGACACUCAUCUGACUUCCGUGGCUCCCUCUGAAGAAAUUCAGCAGUUACUGUCUGACCAAGGACCAGUUUUUGUGUUGACACCAAUCGAUGAGGUGAGCAGUCCAUUGAAAGGGCUUCAAGGCAGUUCACCAGGUGGCGGUGCAGGACCCCCAUCAGCUGAUUUUGUUAUAUCCCCUACCACAACACCCUUACAACAACCGGUAAUUACAGGUGCGCGGACUGUACCACUCACCCAACCCCUGAUUCUCACAGAGCCUCUUACUGGACGAACUCUAGUCGCCAGACCAGCUCAGAACUUAAAAGAUCUGAACGACAAAGUAACAGCAUGCCUUCCAGAAGAUUCAACCCAGCCUAUGAGAGUCCAUGACCCUAUAAAACAGUGUGAUCAAACUGCAUACCCGCCUGAGCUUGAUUUAGUUGAUGAAACAGUGUCUGCUCAGAAAAUUUACAGAGCAGAGAAGCCAUUUGCAGAUUUACUCGAAGAUGGUGAAUCAAAGAGAAGAUCUAAAGAUGACAGUGCAGAUGAUGUACCGAAACAAGAGAAACAACCAAUGCUGCAACAGAUUGUUACAGAGAAAGGGCCAGCAUACGUGCUAAGGCCACUGGGAUCAUCUGCAAGCCCGCUGGAUGGCAUUGAAGGUGACGCUCCUGAUGGUGGCUCCAAUCAACCAAUAAUUGGAGAUUACCGGAUCCACGAAGAGGUACCCAAUCAGAGCUUACCGAUGAGAGUUGGUUCAAGGGCAGUGCCACUACAGAAACCGCUGGUUGUGAUUGAUCCCUGGACUGGAGAAGCAAUGAAUGCUUUCCCUGCAGAAAAUGAAAAAGAUCUAUCUGAAAAUACUGUAGCCUACAUUCAAGAUGAAGAACACAAGCCAAUGACAAUUCAUGACAGUGGCACAGGCAAGGUGAAAGUGGCAUAUCCUAUAGAGUUCAAUCAACCAGAACAGUUAGAAUCAGAUGAAGAAGGGGACAUGUCAAGUGGGGAGUCAUCUGGAUUUUACACCCCAGAAACAGGAACUCCAGCACGAUCACGUUCAAACAGUGUGGAAUAUGUAAUGGAGGAGCCAGUCCAGGCUAGCAAAGCUCCCACAAGUCUUACAGCAUUCGGGUUCCUUGCCAAAGUGCUUGGAAUCACACCCAAGGAAAAAGAAGACCCGAAAGAUGAACAAUUGACCGGGCUGGAUGAGACUGAUGAUACAACACCCUUCGAAGAAGCAGCAGACUUUCCUCCAAUAACAGACUCAGGUGAUGUUAAACCAGGCAAUGGAGCCAGUGAACUUCCUCAAGAACCAAGUACCCUGUCUCCAAAAAAACCAUCAACUCCUGUCAAGACUGUUCGUUUUGCAGACAAUAUUCAACCAACUUCAAAAUCUCCAGUGAAAAGGGGCAAGCAAAAACUUGUCCCCAUUCAAUCUCCUGAUCCAGCAACUGAAUCUCAUCAGAAGCCAACCAAUGUGGGACCGGGUACAACAAAAGCUGACGAACCACAAACUAGACAAUCCAAGCCCAAGAAGAAACCAGCUGCAAUUGAAGAGGCAGAGAAAAGGCAUCCCACGCCGCCAACUGAACUUGCUUGGUGUCCAGUAUUCUCCAAAAAAGCCCCAGAAGCUAAACCAACUCCUUCAGAAGUUCUCUCCAAAUCGGAACUCCCUCCUACUUUCAAGCAGCCAACCCGUCAACCAUCCAUUGAGUGCCACCCAAGCUUUUCAAGACAAGAUCCUAGUUCAAAAUCACCUGCUUCGGAGCAUCUAAUAACCCCUGACACAGAUUCUGAUCUGUUCUACACCCCAGACGCACCAUCUGAAGAAGAGCUCUACUAUCCAGCUCGGCUACCUGAUCAGACUACUCCGGACUCCAAGAGUAAAGCUAUUACUUCAACUGCUUUAUCUCAGCCUGGAGAUUCCUCUCCAAGACACGAUCCCAGUAAGAGUGUGGUCCGAAAGACGCCUGGAGACAGACGUCCUGAACCAUCCAGUAAUGAUGGAGGAGAUAAAAUGGAUGAACUCAACAAAUCAUGGGACAGUCUUCAGCAAAAGAUGGGCGAGAAACAGAGGAUGUUGCGGGAGGCUCUUGCACGUCAAGAAGAUUACCACAAUGCUCUGUCUCAUCUCAACAUGUCCUUGGAGGCAGCAGAGCUACGACUUAAAGGAGUUGACCAAGAGGAUGUAGACCAAGGCAUUGCAGCGCUUGAGCACAUCUUGGAGAAUGUGACGUUACUCCAGUGCAGCAUUGAUGAUGUGAAGGACAAAGGAGAUAAACUGGUCUCACGCAGUGACGCUGGCAACAGAGACGCUAACCUAGCAACGUUGGCAUCACUCAGUGAGAGAAUAGACAACUUACUCUCUGAUAGCUUGAACAAACUCAAUCAGUUUCAGAUUGAGAAAGAUGAGUUGAAUCAAUUGAUGAGCCAGUUAACGUCUUGUAAGAAUGAACUCUUGCAGCUUGAGGCGUGGUUGGAUCACUUUGUUGAAGAUCUUGAGGAAGCAGACGAUCUGGCCCCCCAGGCAGGGCCAACUGUGGUCGUCAUACAGCAACAGCUUGUUCUGAAUCAGAACCACCAGCUUGACUUGAGUCGUAAACUCCAGAAGGUCCAAGACAUACAGAGCAUCAUCAACGAUAUCCACGAUGACCAUCCAUCCCGUGAAGGGGAGACGACCUCCUCCUUGGCCUCCCUCCUCCAGGCCCGCAUGGAGACGCUGAAGAGAGACCUGACCGAUAAGCAGGAACUCCUUAAGAUGAGGAGAAAUACGGAGCAGCUAGCUGAGGACUACCAGAGCGAUGUACAACGUCUUCAGGAGUGGUUUGCUUCUCAUCAAGGGAUGUCGGUGGAAAGAGGGCAGGAUCUACCGGCUAAUGUGGGGUCCGAGUCAUUGCAGAGGCAGAUGGAUCUCCAACAGAGACUAGAAGAAGAGCUAUCCGCUCACCAGGCUCUACUGAAGUCAGUCGCCCGCCGUGGAUCAAGACGUCGCUCCCACGCCAGCAACUCUCCUAGUGAUGAUGAAGAAGUGAACGGCAAGGAGGAUUCGGACCCGGAGCUGUCCGAGAUGAAAGCAAAGUGGCGUGAGAUCUCUAUGCAGGAGGCAGAGAGGAAACAGCAGCUGCAGGCGUCUUUGGAGUAUGCAAGACCUCAGGAAAGCAACGGAAUGCAAUACCCACCAGUAAGACGAAGUUUAACCUUUGACAUGCCUGAGAGUGCAAGUGGAGGGGAUGAUGAGAGUCUGAAGGCAUCUCUGACUGCAUUGAAUCAAUGUUGGGAACACAUACAAACUCAGGUUGAAGACAAGCAGACGAGACUAGAGCAAGCGUAUGAGUUCCAGUCAACGUAUCAGACUGCCCUACAGAGAGUCUCUGGUUGGCUGGAUAACAUGCAACUCAAACUCUUCUCCUCCAAUUGGCAGAAAGAUACAGAGACUCAGCUAGCUGAACAUGCGAAUCUUCAAGAAGAGAUCCACUCGUUCCAGGACCAGCUAGAGGUCAUGAACGACUCUUGCCAAGCCGUCAUGUUGGAAACCAACGAGCAGAGUAAGCAGUUGAUCCGGCAGGCCCUGGGUGACCUCAACUCACGUAUGUCAACACUGGAGACUGAAGCCCAGCAGAGAGAGCAAGAACUCAUGGAGAAGAAUAGGAGACAGAAAGCAUUCCAGGAUGAGGUUCAGGUCUUCCAGGGCUGGUUGGGUGAUGCAAAGAAGAAGCUGAACCACCAAGAAGAGUCUGAGAGUACGCUGUCGUUAGAGGACAAGAUCAACCAAAACCAGCUACAACAGCAACAGAUCAAGAAUCUUGAAAGUGAAAUCCAGCAGAAUGAGAUGAAGUUACGAGAGGUCGUCGAGAAAGGAGAUCAGUUGCUGAACGCUGACCCCCAGACUCCAGCUGUUGGGAAUGAAGUCAGCAUGCUACAGGCCGGAUGGGAGGACUUGUAUCGACAAGCUGGCGUUAGGAGGAGACAUCUUAACAAAGCUAAAGUACUUCAGGAGCAAUACCACAAGAUAAUUCAAGACUACAUGGAGUUUUUAGACACGGCAGAGCAGAAGUUGAGUCAAGAUGAAGUCAUUGCCACCGAUGCACGUAACCUGAGAGAACAACUAGAGAAACACAAGGAGUUCUUUAGUGAUCUAGGCACCCACCACCUCACUAUCGAAUCCAUCGCCCAGAAAGCCGAUCCAUACACCCAAGAGCUCUUCACCAGCCAGCGGUCACUCCUUGACCAGCGCAGCCAUUCCAUUCAGGCCAAGGCCACAGUUAGAGGUCAGAUGCUAGAGAGACUAGUGACGGACUGGGGUCAAUUAGAGAAGAGUAUCGAGGAAUUGAGAGGCUGGCUGGGGCACGUUGAGGCUCAGCUUCCAAGCAGUAUUGACGACGCUACACAGGAGAGUGUGCAGAAAGGCAUUCACAAGUACCAGGCCAUGACAAACCUUCUGAGUGACCGUAAACCCACCUUACAUCAAGUACUCAACCGCGGCCAAUCCCUCCUUAAGAACGUCACCUCGGUCAAACUGGAAAACCAACUCCUGGACCUGUCCGAGAAGUGGGCAUCUGUCCAGGCCAAGAUCAGCCAGGAGUUGGCGAUGUUGAACAGCCUCCUGGCAGAGUGGAAGGCCUUCCUGGAGGAGUCUGCAGGAUUCCUGCCGUGGCUGAAGAAAGCUUCUAAGGAACUCAUGGCAUGGAGCAAACCUAAUCAGGAACUCCAUGAAGUGGGACCCAUUGUUGCACAGUUGGACAAGUUCAUGUUGUUCCGUAAGGACGUCGAGCGCCACACUGCAGUCAAGGAGUCAAUCUGCAACCACGGCCAGCAGCUGAUUAAAGUCAAGAAGUUAAACACACAGCCAAUCACAGAGAAGCUACGUUUGAUUGACAGCCAAUGGAGCGAAUUACAGAAUGAGUUGCCUCAUGUGCAGGAGGAGCUACAUCAUCUUCAGAUGGAUCUGCUACCAUCUAGACAAGCUUUGAAUGAGCUAAUGAUGUGGAUGGAUGCCUUGGAGAGAAUCUUAGACAGUCAUAAAGGAGAAACGUUCUGCAGCUCAGCUGAAGUAGAUGCAAUGAGACAUGUCUACAGGGGUUAUAAGAUCGACCUUUCAACCAAACUUUUGACCAAAGAGUUUGUCAACCAAUCCAUCCUCCACAUGAGCCAAGACCUAGAAUCCAAACGAGAGGACAAGACGGACUUUGCCGAACGUCUUGGGACAAUGAACAAACGCUGGCAGACCCUCAAUGUGACCAUCUCCGAGGAAGUCAAACAUCUAGAAUUCCUGAUGAAGGACUGGCUGGAGUACGAGAGACUCGUCAAGGAACUCAAGACAUGGUUUGAGAAGCAGGAGGAGAAACUCAAGAAGUACGAGGGGAAAGUUGGACAUGAGACAAGCGUUCAACAAGCUGUUAAGAUGUGCCAAACCAUAGAAGAUUCCAUCGAAACCAAAGGAUCCGACAUCAAACGAAUCAAACAAGCCGGCCUGACCCUAACCACAAGAGAAACCGUCCUUCAAACAACCAAAGAUCUCGAGCAAUCUCAAGCCGACCUCAAGACCCUCCUCCUGACCCUCCGAGGUCUUCUAAUCACCUCCCUGGAGCAGUGGAGGAUGUACCAUGAGUGCCUACAUAAUGUAUCCAACUGCCUCGGCAAAGCAGAGUAUUCAGUCAGUCGGGUCGGCAUGGCAACAGGCACGGUUGACUCGCUUGAAUUCCAGCUGAACAAAUUCAAGGAACUGCAAGCUGAGUUUAAGAGUCAUCAAGCACAGCUGAUCAAUCUAUGCAAGCUAGCCGACAAUCUAGGGAGUGUAUGUAAACCAUCAGUGUGUGAAGCCUUGGAUCGGACGGUCAAUGAUAUGACAACAAGAUGGAACACCGUGGACUACCAACUCACAGACACCGUUCUCCUCUUUGAGAAAUCAUGGUUACUAUGGCAACAGUUUGAGGAAAAGCAUGAUGGCAUUCAGUCCUGGCUCGGUGGAAAAGAGAUAGCGUGUGAAGAUGCAAUGACCAUCCCAGAUGAGUCAGACACAGUGAUAGAUCCAAUGUCAGACACAGUGUCAGACACAGUGACAGAGAGGGAGGGGCAACUUUUGACAUGCAGGAAACUGCUUGAAGAGUUGUCCUCUUAUUAUGAGAUUGAGACAUUACGUAACCUGGUAGAUCAGCUGACUAGACAUAUGGAUGGAACUACAGCCAAUAACAUCUCCUCAAGAAGACGAGUACUCUCCCUGAAACAAGAGAGCCUCUGCAAGUCGCUCCGACGUUUCAUCAAGAUGCAAGAGGCAGAUCUGAAGAUGCAGAAGCAGUUCAGAGAGAGGACACAGAAGAUGCUUGUCUGGCUUGAAGAUACCACUGAUGUUAUCAAUAUGGAUGAUCCAAAUCAGUCCUCAGAUGAGAAGUCCAUUCGAGAUCGCAUGACGCAACUUAAGGAGUCGAUGGUUGCAUUCAGUGGGCGCCAGUCGGAGCUCAACUCAUUGAAUGAGAUGGGCUACCGGCUAAGUCUCAACCGUCCUAACGCGGCAGGCCUCUGCCUCGUCAACAACAAAUGGAACGCCCUCUUUGGGCGGGUUUGUGAGAAGUUCCGUCGUCUUCAAGGAGUCUUGCUCCAGCAGCAGAGCUUUGCCCAGAAGUGCACCUCAUGGAGUAACUUCAUUGAGGAGACAGAGAAGAACCUGGCUGUGGUGAUUGCAGGCAGCUUCUCGGAGCUGCAAGAUCAACAAAAGGUUUACGAGCUAUUUGAAUCUGAUAUCUUCAACCGUCAGCAAAUCUUGUUCUCGAUCAUCAACGACGGUCAGCGGAUGGUACAGGAAGGAGACCUGGAUGACCCGGAGGAGUUCAAACAUCAACUGGAUCAGCUGAGUGAGCAGUGGCAGAGUGUGAUCCGAAGGACCGCCGUUAAGAAAGACGAUAUUGAGAAAAACAUCAGAGAGUGGCAGUCAUAUCAUCAGAUGUUGAAUAAGAUGCAAGAAUGGUUCGACGAGAUAGAAGAAGAAGUAAGAACCUACGAGAUCACGACCGCUCCACUCCAGAGAAUCAGGAGCCUUGCUGACCAGGCAAAGGGUACUUUGAAGUCAGUUGAGUUCCAAGAAACACACUACCUCUCAUUGAACGAUGCCGGUAAAUCCCUCCUGAGAAACUCAGCCCGUCCAGCUGCUGAACAACUCAAAUCAGAACUCACCAGCGUGCAGAAGAACUGGCACCAAGUGACCACCGGUCUGCGGAAGAACACUCAAUAUCUUGAAGGAAUCAUUGGUCAGUGGGAAGACAGCGAUCAGCUGAUGGACGAGAUGCACUGUUGGUUGCGGACGAACCGGAAGGUCUUGAAUCAACCUUUACCCCAGGAUUACGAAGAGCUCCAAAAGGGAUUAGAGAAGUGUAAAGAGAUUGAGAACUCGUUUGACGCUACGAGUAGUAAGUUGGAUAAACUCAGACAACAUGAGUGUGACCUUCAGCCGACUGUCAGUCCAGACGACAUGGCUGUUCUGAGCGAGCGCAUCGCGCUACUCACUAAACAGUGGGAUGAGAUCCACCAUCAGACCCGGCAACGCCGUCGACUAAUCACGGACAGGCUUAGUGAGUGGUUAGUGUUCACGGAGAGAUACAAGGAGUUUUGUGAUUGGCUGACGCAGAUGGAGGUGAAAAUUGCACAGAAUGGUGAGCACAGCAUUGAAGAUCUGCUGUUGAAGUUAACUGAGGCCUACCAAGAGGAGAUAGACUCAGCCGAGUUGAGCAAGAACCAACUGUUGGAGUUUGGGAAGCGUCUGAUUGUAGCUAGCAAUGAAGCUAGAGCCAGUGAUAUCGAGUAUAAGUUAGCCAAGUUGACUGACCGCUGGGAUCAUCUCAUGGACCUUCACAGUGCCAGAGUGCGGAAACUCCAGGGCACGUUGACCGCUGUGCAGGAGUUAGAUCAGAACAUGGGCAAUCUCCGCCAUUGGUUGACACAGACGGAGAAACAGCUGAGUACACCAAUCAUGUAUGAGACGUGUGAUGUCAUCGAGAUUCAAGCAAAACUGCAGACCCAACAGGAGAUCCAGAAAGACAUCGAGCGCCACAGUAGCGGAGUAGCCUCAGUGCUCAACCUAUGUGAGAUGUUACUCCAUGACACAGACGCCUGCUCCUCGGAUGCUGAGAACGAAGCUAUACAGACCGCAACCAGAACGUUAGAUCAAAGAUGGAGGGCCAUAUGCUCCUCGGCACUGGAGAGGAAAAUGAAGAUUGAAGAGACGUGGAGGCUAUGGCAGAAGUUCAUUGAUGACUACACACGCUUCGAUGAAUGGUUGACGUGCAGUGAACGCAUUGCCGCUAAUCCACACACAACCAGUGCACCAUUUGCUGUCAUCAAAGAAGAAAUCAAGAAGUUUGAGGGAUUCCAACGUAAAGUCCACGAGAACCUGACCCAGCUUGAGAUCAUCAACAAACAGUACCGCCGCCUGGCUCGGGAGGGUCGCACAGACAACGCCUGCCAGCUCAAGUCCAUGGUCCACCAGGCAAACAGCCGAUGGGAUGAACUGGCUCGACGAUGCACCUCCAUCUUGAGAAGGCUGAAGUACACACUGGGACAGAAGGAAGAGUUUGACGCUUGUAAAGAGAGUAUGUUGGUGUGGUUGACUGAGAUGGACCUGCAGCUCACUAACGUGGAGCACUUCUCGGAAUCGGACAUAUCGGUCAAAAUCAAACAGAUGAUGGCAUUCCAACGUGAGAUCGAACUCAACCAUUCACGGCUGGAAGAGAUCUCCGAGCACGCUCAGAUCUUAAUGCAACGUUCAGACCCAUUGGACAGUGUGAUUAUACAGACAGAGAUGGACGAGUUACAUCGCUACUCGAUGGAGGUGUUCGAUCAGGUCGGACGCUUCCAGCGCAAGCUGGAGAGAUUGUCUAUAGCCCAGGGAUCUGAUUCUUCCUGUAUCCCAUUUGAAUACCUCACUAUCUCUAAGCAGCAAUAUGACACGGCAAGCACGGGGUCUGAAGAAGACAGCGAAGACCUCAGUUCAAGAGAUAUCAGUCCCGACCGAGACUCCCCAUCCCACCUGAGCUCCCACCGAUCCCUCGCAAGCAACAACAGCGCCCUCUCUGGCCACUCUCGAUCCAGCCGUGCCAGUCGGAGGGAACCAAACUCAUCAGGGAGAUCGCGAGACACCUCUAGAUCAUUAUCCCCGUCGCCAGCUCAUGAGAACUAUGCCUCAGGCAGAAUCACCCCAGCCAGUGCGGUAUCCCUUGACUGGGACAUGUAUGUAUCUAACAAUACCCAGCAGUAUGCUGAGCCACCGGCGGGGGAGGAGGCGGGGCGGUUUAAGGUGGAGAAUCAACAUGUGCAGCAAGCUCUUGAGGAUUGUAUGAUGAAAGUAGAGGCCACUGAGAAUGCUGUCAGGUGUCGGACACCGACAGGACCAGAGAUUGAGGAAGAGAAAGAAGGAUAUGAUUCGCUGGUUGAGGAUUGCCGGCUCAGUGUGGACGUUUUGAAGAGACUUGCAAUCAGAAUGCCCCAAGAGGAUCCAGUACUUACUCAACAAAUUGCAGCUCUCUUGAAUCGCUGGGAGGUACUCCAGGGUGACAUCAUGGAGAAAGAUGCACAUCUCAACCAGAACUACAAACAAUGGCAUCAAUUCAGACUAGACCUGAACAAUCUAAACACUUGGCUUGAUGAAGCUGAGGUUCUACUAGGUACACAGGAGGCUAAUGCACCCGCUGGAGAUCUGGAAGGAAUGAUUAGAAGACACAGGGAGUUCAUUCUAGGCCUGAACGCACGCAAGGCCAUCGCUCUCUCUAUCAACCUAUGCAGUCAACAGUUCCUAAGACCAGACAGUCGUCACACUCAAGCACUCCGCGAUGAGCUCAGCAAUAUGAACCUACGCUGGGAUCACGUAUGCAGCAGAGCGGCUGACUGGCAGAAAGAGUUACAGUUAGCGAUCAUGCAGUGUGAAGAGUUUCAUCAAACCACGGCUGAUCUGAUGGUAUGGCUGGAUGGUAUCGAGGCAACCAUGGAUGAGAAUGAGUCGGUAGAUCUCAGCGCGGAUGAGAAUAGAUUACAUCAUCAAUACAGGGUUUUCAUGAAAUUCAAGCGUGAGCUUGCGUCUUCCCAGCCCAAAGUGUCAGCCCUGAAAGAGACCGCUGAUCAACUCCUUGUAGACGUAGAGUCCGAGGAUUGUCAAGCCACUCGAGAUAAACUUCAUCUAAUUUCAAGAAAGAUCACAGCACUGCUAAGACGAUGUGAGGAAAACCUUGAGCUGUUAGAGACCACCAUUGACCCCACACAGUUUGAAAUUGAUAAGCCUGAAGAUCAAAGCAUCAGCCCACAGAGGGCAGCCUUCCCUCUUCAAGCCAUGGGUGAUAUGAUGGGGGAGUUUGGUAGUACACCAAUGCUCCGUUCGAGUACACCUAUAUACACCAUGAGACAUUUCAGUGACGCUGCAACCAAUACGAUACCUAGAGAUGAGACGGACGGAGCUCCUGUUGUUGCUGUUGCUGGUGCCCCUGUCGGUCGUCGUCGCUCACCAUUCAUAUCUAGAGCAUUGAGGGCAGCAUUACCUCUCCAUCUCCUCAUGCUACUUCUGUUGGGUGUGGCUUGUCUCGUUCCGAUGACGGAAGAGGACUACAGCUGUACACUGACCAAUAACUUCGCACGGUCACUACAGCCAAUGUUACGCUUCACCAACGGCCCUCCACCCAUCUGAUUGAUGGGUCGGCUUCUAGGACCCAUCUGAUUGGUGGGUCGGCUUGCAGGAAUCGGAAUGAGUGGAUGUUCUUGUGCAAUUCAUUAAAGUGUUUUUAAGAGUACAAAAAACUUAGACAACUGAGUGAGGUGUUAUUGUUUUGGAGUCAUGGGGAUUCAUUGGAUUGGAAGUAUCAGACAUUAUCAUGACGUUGGCCCUGCCCUGGAAAUAUUUCAUGUGAAAUUUGUUUGCCGAGCUACACCUAACAGGGAACCAGUUAUGGAUAAUUUACAUAACAUGGCAUGCGCACUGGUAUUCAGAAUCUAAAACUUGCUGGUACUGGGUUAGUGCUUAGAGAUUUAGCCAUCUUUUUAUCUUAGCAUGUUCACUUCCGACGACCCACCGUUUUGUAUAAAUCAUCAUGUUGUCUGAUUGGUUAUGGAUCCAGUAAAACGAAAAGACAAAUCUAAGAAUAUUCUCAGACAAAAUUAUAAUUUCUUUUUACCUUCCUGUUUAUUUACCAUCAGUCAGGUAAGGUCUUUUAAUACAACUCUCCGUCUGUGAGAGAAUGUGACUCAAUAUUAAGUUAUUGUAGUUGCGCACAAAGUGGUACAAAAUUAUUUUUUGUAUUUCAGAUUUCAAAAGUAGAAUCAAAUCAAUAUUUUACAAAUCAGAUCAACAACUAGUUUUUUAUGUAGAGAUAUUGCAGAAAUUUUUCUGAGAAUAGCUGAUAUUUUAUCUUAAGCGUCUAAAUCAUGUGCAGAAAUCAUGUGAUUAAAAGUGUCACGCUCACACCCUUAAUUUUUGGUAAACAGAAAAGGUUGCAGAAAAUAUUUGUUUCAGGCUGUCUCUUAAUUAAGCGACUACGGCUGUGGCUGAAACACCACUUCAACAAGCACAGAAGCCAAGGCUGCCCUUAGUAAAAGCCAGAGCCGCUAAUUCAUACACGGCAUUUUUGUAGAGAACUCCUUUUCAGUUAAUAGUCUUUCGUUUCCUUUGUGAACCGGUUUUUAAUUUCACCUUAGAGCUGUGCUGUAAAAUGCUAUGUUUUCAUUUUGAAGUUUUGAAAUAUUAACUGAUUUUGAUUUGUAUAUAGGGUAUUUUAACCAUAUUAAAAACUCAAGUUAUUUGUAAUUUAUAUUUUACUUAAUAUUUUCCUCUCCCCUUGGAUGCAGUGAUUUCAUUCAUUCAUGUUGAGCAGCUAAUUCUGUAUAGAGUGUAUUUUACUUAUCUUAACAUGUUUCAGUUCUUCACAUUUUUCUUAAACUCUUGUUUGGAAAAAAUGUUGAAUGUGGAGUUGUGGGGUCCAAGUCCUGCCAAAUACUUUUCUGAAAGUACUUGUGGGGACAACACUGGGGCAUCAUUAACUAGCUAAUCAUUCAACAAGCUUCGUGGUCAUUCAACUUAAGCUUUCUGGUCAUUCAACUAGUCAUCUAAUCAUUGAAAUAUUUAUCUUAACUAGUUGUAAUUCAACUAGUUGUCUUUACUAGUUAUAAUUCAACUAGUAAUCUCAACUGUGCUACAUUUUAACAUUCAAGAUCAUUAAAAUUAAUUUUAAUUCAUAAAAAAAAGGUUUUUAAUCACAUGUUUUUAUGAUACAACAUCUAUUUACCCACUGUGGAGAAAAAGUUUCUGUGAGCGUGGAAGGAUUUCCAAAAAUAACUACUCAAAACGCUUGACUUUGUUUUCUGUGAAUUUUGUUUUUUCAAUUCAACAAGUUUGAUGUAAUAUUCAUUCGCACGCUGCUCCUUUCUUAAAAUAAAAGAAAAAGAUAUAUAUUCCUUGCCAAAGUACAGAAAUAUCAAGUUUGGGGGCAAACAAAAUUGUUUGAAAUAGUAAUGAAUGGUGGUUAUUUGAAAAUUAAUUUAAUCGUAAGUGUGUUAUGAAUAUUAACUAUUUUUGUAUGGAAAUCCAUUUGUAAGAGUGUAUCUAGUCUAAUGCCCUAAUUUAUUUGUAAAUUUUGGAAUGUUGUAUACAAAAGAUGUAUUCAUUUUUUUACAACAUUUUAGCUGUGGUUUUCAACUACAAGAAUCCGUAAUGGUAAAAAACAUUCAAUUAGUUUAAAUUAACCGACCUUUUAAUGAUAGAUGUUGUUUUUGUCACCAAGCAUUAAGCUGCAAAAAAAAACACGCUGGUAGAUAUUUUUUAUAAUGCUUUGUGUAUUCACAGUAGAGCAUUUUGAGAUGUAGAUAAAUUAUCAUG